ACUCCAUGGCAUCAGCUCCUCACACAUUUCAUUCUACUCGAGAUUUCGAUAUCGCACCCGAAGUGUUCUUGAAUCAUUUUCUGCAAUUGCUAACAAUGGCCUUCUUCAGCACCAGACGUGUAGUUGCAUUCGCCCUUUUCGUAGGCUUGUCAGCCAGUGUUGACGCGGCGCCGACUGUCGCAGAGGAUCUCAGCGUCGAUAGCUUUUUGGCCAAGGACGUAUCCGGGGAGGAAGGCUAUGUCGAUGCUAUCUCCCACGUCGACGCGGAAGACGAAGUGGGAGGCUGGGAUGACAAGGACAAGCACGAUGACAAGGACAAGCGCGAUCACAAGGACAAGCACGAUGACAAGCCCAAGCAUCAUCCCCCUCCGCCCAAAACAACUACCACUACGAGGCGGCCUACAACAACGACAACCCACAGACCCCCGUCGAAGCACCUUCCACCUCCUCCAGUGAAGCACAUUCCCGCUCCGCCAGCAAAGCACGUGCCAGCACCGCCAGCAAAACACAUUCCACCGCCACCAGCGAAAUAUUCACCGGCGCCGCCUGUCAAAGGAGCACCAGUUCCCGUCCCAGUUCCGAGCCCUGUGAUGACAAAAGCGAAAUUCAAGAAGCUCUUGCUGCUUCUGAUGCUCGGCUCGCAACGGUUCAAGAAGAUCAUGUCGGAUGAGGACCACAAUGGUGUGGCUGAGCUUAUUCGCGACUAUGAUUCGGGCAAGCUCGAAGAUCUGGAGCACGUGCUCUGGGAGUCUUACCAGGAGAGCGCUGGGACGGAAGAUGACUUCUCGGCUUUCAUUCGCCAGCUGCAAGAUGCCUCUUCGGCAUAGUGGAGGGCCCAGCCGUGUCGAGGCUUUCUGCGUUGAAUUUUCGGUAGUGCUGAACCGUGCUUGUGUGCCAAUGGUCAUUUGAAUG